GAAUUAUAAUAUUUUGAUCAGUAUGUUUUCCAGAAACUUAAGUAAUGUUGGUUUUUGCUUGCAAAUCUGCAUUUAGCAGAUUUUUUAUACAAAUCUGGUGUACAAAUUACGUAUAACCUAAAAAUGACUGAAGAUCAAAAAGAGAUCAUUGAAGAAAAAACGAAACCAAUAUUUCGUGAUCUAACAGCCGAUGAUCCAGAACCCGAAGCGACAGAGAUAGAAAGUCUCUGUGUGAAUUGUGGCCGAAAUGGUGUUACUAGAUUACUCUUGACAAAGAUCCCAUACUAUAAAGAUGUUGUGGUGAUGUCCUUUGAUUGUGAGCAAUGUGGUUAUCAGAACAAUGAGAUACAAAACAGUGGGAAAAUUGCAGAAAAGGGAAUUAGGAUAACAUUGCAAGUGAAAUCAUCCAAGGAUCUGAACCGUCGAGCUGUUAAAUCAGAUUACACCAGUGUGAAAAUCCCAGCCUUGGACUUUGAAAUUCCUUCUAGAUCACAAAAAGGAGAGAUCACAACAGUUGAAGGAAUUAUACAAAGAGCCAUCACUGGGUUGGAGCAAGAUCAACCGGAAAGGAGAAAAAAGCAUCCAAGUACUGCUGCCCAAAUUGAUCACUUUCUUGAGGAACUGCAAAAGCUCAAAUCUAUAGAAGAGCCCUUCGCUAUGAUAUUUGAGGAUAUAUCAGGAGAGUGUCAUAUAGAAAAUCCAAAUGCACCUUUGAAAGAUGAAGGGUGCAUUGUUGCUCAAUUUAAGAGAACAAUAGAACAAGAUAGAACUUUAGGAAUUUAUUCUGAAAGUUCAGAAGACACUUUAUUAAAACCUAUAAAAGAAGGAGAAUAUACUUUGGAGCAAAUUGAGGGUGAAGUUCUUUCAUUUAGGACAAACUGUCCAGAAUGCAAUUGCCCCUGUGAAACUAACAUGAAAAUGACUAAUAUACCACACUUCAAAGAAGUGGUAAUUAUGGCAACAGUUUGCGAAUCUUGUGGUCAUAGAACGAACGAAGUUAAAAGCGGGGGUGGCAUCGAGCCUACAGGGGUUAAAAUUGAAGUAACGGUCGCGGGAAAAGACGACUUUAGCCGCGAUUUAUUAAAAUCUGAAACUUGUCACAUGCAAGUACCUGAAUUGGAGCUGGAAAUUGGCCCAGCUACUUUAGGUGGACGAUUUACCACCGUAGAAGGCAUUUUAAUGGCAAUUAAAGAACAAUUAUCAUCAUCAACUGCUUUUACUGGCGAUAGUAGCGAUCCUGAAACUGUACAAAAGAUGGAAGAUUUUAUAUCUCAUUUAAGCGAAGUUUUAGAAGGGAGUCAAAAAGUUACUCUUGUACUAGACGAUCCAGCGGGCAAUAGUUACGUCCAGAGUCUUUCAGACGAAGGUUUAGAUAGCGGGUUAAAGAUCACCAAAUACGAGAGAAGUUUUGAUCAAAACGAGGAACUCGGAUUGAACGAUAUGAAAGUCGAAGACUAUUAAUUAUCCGUCGCAAAGAUUUACGAAAUAAGUCAGUGUCGACAAUGUCAAUACAAUGUACCAUAUGUGAGCGUGAAAUGGAAAUGUAUUAUAAAUGUACACUACACUGUGUAAAUAUAUGUUUUGCAAUUUUAUUGCAAAAUUUUUUAA